GUUGUGAAUGUGGAUGCUCUUCUCAACUCCCUAAGGAAAAAUUUGCUCAACGAAGAACAGAUUUCCAAUCUCUCUCUAAACCCGAACAAGAUGCUUAUGUAAUGGCUAAUCUUAUUUCUAUGGAUGAAGGAGAGGCAACUACUAGUUCUCGCAUAAGUCUUAAAUAUUUUGAAAGCAUCAAAAGUCAUUUAUUAGAUAAAGGACUAUCAACUAGGGUUCAUGGCAACACUGGAAAGAUACCUAUAAGAAAAACCAAAAUGGUAAUUGACCAAAAGGUUAAAGAGACAGUAAGAAAUUUUAUCUUAAACUAUGGCAAAACUCAUGGUUUACCUAAUCUAGGAAAAACCAAAAGAGCCAAUAAUACAACUAUAUUCUUACCUACUGAAAUGACUUAUAAAUCAGUUUACGAGGACUUUUUAAACAGUUUAGAAGCAAACAAUAAUUUAAAGCAAUUAAAAUACCGAGCCUUUAUUAAAAUAUGGAAGCAAUUAACUUCUCAAAUUGGAUUUAU